AUGGAUGACUUAACUCUUGAAGAAGAAGAAGAGUACACUGAAGAUAAUGACGAUUACAAUAGCAUUUUGAGACCUGCGUUUGCGGUGGAUGGAGAACCUGAUUUUGAUUCUGGACCACCAGAGGAUGGGCUUGAAUACUUGAGACGAGUAAGGUGGGAGGCUAAGCAAAUUCCGAAUGUAAGAGUAGCCAAGAUAGAUGGAAGCAAGUACAUAAAAAAAGAGCAAAGCGUUUACAUGCCACAAAUCCCUGAAAUCCCCAAAUGCCCAGAGCACCUGCUGCCGAUAAAGGAAUGGGAGGACUUGUUGCUUUCCGACUUUUUAGACCUUCGCCUGGCUUUAUCAGAAAAUGCCAACAUGUGCGAGGAUGAGAUAAUGUCGAGUCAGUCUACAGAAGAUGUGCUUAUGGAGAUAUUCAAUAAGCGUCUCCAGGCAGUGACAGAUGAGUCAUUAGGUGAGUUGGUUUCAGACAUACAAGGAAUGGACUCGGUGACACGGGUAUCAAAACUGAAGAAGCGGAUUAGUUUGGUUGAGAAUGAGAGCGGUUUAGAGAGCAGUGACUUCAAAUGGGUAGUAGCAUUAUGUGCAUCGGUGGACACCCCAUUGGAUGCUGAUACUAGUGCUUCUCUCAGGGCUCUUCUGAGAAAGUGUGCGAGUCUUCGCGCUUCAGAAGUUGAAGAUGAACAAGUUAUCAUCAUGGCAAAUAUGCUCAUCACUAUUGCAGGUAGAUAUUUUGGCCAAAUGGAAUAA